AUGAAGUACGCGUCGCCGUCCGGAAUUUGGACGUCGGGAUGGGUCGUCGUCGACAACCGGUUCCUCUUUCGAACCGACGACAUCAUGAAGGUGUUUUUCAACAUUUUACUGUGCCACGACAUCUUUCGCGCCCACUGCCAUGUCAUUACGGAAAGUAAAGUCGACAAGACGGUGAUCCGCGUGUUCCGCAAGGACAUUACCAUCAAGCAACUCUUCACCCUCUCGCUUCGCCCGCUCUCGUAGGCCUCUCGAUCGCUCGUUCCAUCAUCUCUUCUACAUACACUUCAUCAUUUUCAUGACUAUUUUCAAACAUUUCGAAACCAU